UUAAAACGAUCACAAAACUCAAAAGUCACAGCCAUCAAAACGCCACCGUACACAGAGGGUGUGUGUGGCAAACAAAUUACAAAUUGUUUUUGUCAUUUUAGUAGAGUGGUAGCGAGACUGUAAACAGUUGAAUUUUUUGUCAUCCACUAGAUACUUGUGAAUGUGUUGGUUUUAAUGUAAUAUAUUGGAUAUACUAAAAUCUGAAUUUUAAAGAUGCAGCAGACACAGAGGAUUGAACAGAGAACUCCUGAAUAUGCCAGACGCGAAAAGUGUGCCAAAUGGAUGUCCGUCAUUCUCCUCAUCACAUCGUUGAUGGAGUUUGCUGUUGGCAUGUACCUUUACUUCAUGGUCACAAAUUAUUAUGUAGGAGCUUAUUGGUCUUCGAUUGGUGCAAUUCUAGGUGUAAGCAUAGGCUUAGUUGGUAUUUCCUACAAGAAGGAAGGCAGCAGCUUUAUGAGAUGGGGUGUGAGACUCAUCACGAUUAGUGUGCUAAUGUGCAUUUGUGGCGCUAUCAUUGAUGGAGUUGCCGCAGGAGCAGCUGAUGAUGUUGAUGUUGACAGAUGUAACUACUCUGCGAAUAAGACCAUUGUCACCUGUGGCACUUGUAGAUCCAUGGUGCAAGCGGAAACAUGCUACUGUUGCUAUCUGCUUGAAGAUUGUGAAUUUAGCAGUCAAGGUCCAAAAGAUGUUCCUACUCAUAUAGAGGGCGUGAGUUCAUGCAAUGAUGUUGUCAUAUAUGUCUGGUUACUCUGGAUAUCUGUUGGAUUUUGUUCACUGAAUACUGUACUUGGUGUAAUUACUGGCGCUCAAAUUGGUGGUUUUAAUAAAACAGUAAGUACAAUUUAUAGUGGAAUAAUACCAGUGGUACAACAAAUACUGGUAGAAACAACAUUAGAAGAUCAUCAGCAAAAAUGUCAAAAGAAAGCCAAUCAUGAUUAA